UUCUGUUCGGUUAUAGCGGAAGUUGGUGGGCGGGACUUCUGUUUAGUCUUGCUUUGUGGUGUAGCAGGUCACCCUGUGUUGAAAAGCAAGAUAACACCGAUGGUUGAUUCUGGAUCAAUGUGGAGGCCACCCCGUAGCUGUGAUGAUUACUGGGGUGAGUUCAAACACUGCCAAAGCCUUUGGAACCGUUUUCAUAACUACUAUGCCCAUGGCACAUCCCCCUCCUGCGGACAGUGGAAGGAAGACUACUACAUGUGUAGAGCGUGGGAGAGGAACCCAGGCCCAGACACCAAGGAGUCACUACAGCAGAGUGAGAGAAAGAGAGAGGCGGACAAGAAGAGGUUCACCCCUGUGUGGGACCUGAGACGAGACCCACCCACAGACUGGCACAUGCCCCUCCACCAGGGCAAGCCUCCGGACUCCCAGUCCUAACCACCUCCAUAGUCAACUCUGCUAUGGCCCAUAACAUGGGCAAAUCAAUAUCAUUGUGACAUCUGAGAUUGGCUACAUAACAAAAACAGAACUUGUCUUUCCUCUCAACUGUGAAGAUUGUGGCUUAAGAAUCAUAGUUCUGGGGCUUUUCACACGUAUCUGUUGACAACUUUGCUGAAUUGUUACCUCACAUAUUCUUAUAAAGGCAGUUGUUUAUGGUCUGUUUUAAUCAAUGUAUUCCAUCUGGAUGUUCUGCAACAUUGCUGAGUGUGUCCCCGUUGUUGGGUGUGAAGGCUUUUGGCCCAGCUAAUUUGCUUUUAAGACUGUUUUGCGGUUUUAGUGCUGGGUUUGGCAAAGCCUGCUCUACUGGACCAGAAGCACUCUGGCAUAGAUGGUAUCUUUCCAGAGGUGUUCAAUCCAUUGGGAGGCAUAUUCUACUGCUAUACAGUUACUAUUUUACUGAGAUCAAUAAGACAAUUAUUCAUUGUGACAUUGUCUUGUGUAUUCUUUCCACAAAUUAUACAAAUUUAAGAUGUGUGUGUAUACUUUGUAUAUGUGUAUUUACUGGGAAAUUUAUUUUGGAUAACUGCUAAAAGGAUCAGAUGACUGCCAGGUUAGCUGAAUGAGUGACCGCUCAUUAAGUACAGCAUAGUUUGCAUUUGAUUGAAUGUUUCUGAAUGUAAAAACACACUGAACACAUCUCUAGAAAGAAAAUUGUGACCAAUAUGAUGCAAAAGGCAUGGGCCAGAUUCUAACCAUGCUGAAACAGUAAAUGUGAAGCAGAUGUGAGAGGCAGUGGGCCAGAUCCCAACCAUGCUGAAACAGUACAUGUUUAGCAAAUGACAGCGGUCUAGACUGCUGGACCACCCUUGGCAGUAUGCAAAUAAAUCUUUAGCAAACUAUACAGUUUAUAUUGACAGUUAAUAAAUAAGGAGCAGAUCACCCGGUGUGACAGCCGAUCUGCAUAUUAAGUGGCUGCCUACAUUUUUUCAUUACUUCACAGGAUACGUUAUCAACCACGUGUUAUACAGGUAAAAUGCAUAUGAAUAAAAGUGGUCCUUUAUUUCAAACCCUUGGUAUGUUUCUCACACAUUAAAAUUUGACUUUAUUUCUGA